AUGGCUGCCACCUUUCAUACCCGUCUCCUCAGGCUCGCUCGUUUAGCUGGAUCCAUGGCGGCCGCACCUCCUGGACGUCGCCGAGCCGCCGCCGCUCGCUCCGGCCACGCGCGCCUGCACCAGCCGCCACAGCAGCAGCGUCGAAGACGCCGCCGCAGCAGCAGCAGCAUCGAAGACGCCGCCGCCGCAGCAGCAGCGUCGGGGACGCCGCCGCCGCAGCAGCAGCGUCGCGGACGCCGCCGCCGCAGCAGCAGCGUCGAGGACGCCGCCGCCGCAGCAGCAGCGUCGGGGACGCCUCCGCCGCAGCAGCAGCGUCGAGGACGCCGCCGCCGCAGCAGCAGCGUCGAGGACGCCGCCGCCGCAGCACCUCCUCGUCGCCGCCGCCCGCGGCCUCUCUCCUCCACGCGCGCGCCUGCACCAGCCGCCAUGGCAGCUGCGCCGAAGACGCCGCCGCGGCAGCACCUCCUCCUCGCGCCACCGAAGCCCGAGGGGCUGUCCACUUGGCCUGGAGGAUCCACAACCCCGAAUACCGCCGUUGCUGCCGCCGCGUGGAGGUGA